UUGGGAAAAAGGAAUGAUUUUUUAAGAGAAAAAAAGAGGAGCAAAAGGAGAGUAAUUCUGUUCCAUUCCGCUCAUUGGAACCAAAAACAAAAUUCUUUUCUUCCCAAAACCCAAAAUAGCUCUUCUGAGAAUACCAAGAAACCUCUUCCAUUUCGUCUCUUCCUCUUCAAAUCGUUUCUGUGUGUUCAAUUUCAAAAAAGGGUCGCUCUAGUUUCCGUUUGUUCCUCGCAAAUCUGUGAAUUUAUGGCCGAUUCAUUCACAUAGGACACUUCCAUUUUCAUCCCAUAUGAUGUAGAUUAGUGGAAUUUUGGGGUGGUACCAAAUGCACCCAUAUAAUCGGCUGCCCAGCAGUGGCCACUCAACUCCGUCACCGCCGCCCUCUCCUCUCCGGUCCCCUCGUCUCCGCCACUCUCGCUCUAAGGGUGCCCGCUUCACUCAAGCUCAGCAACCGCCUCGCUCUUUUCCCCAGCGACUUGCCUGGUUAAUCCUCUCCGUUUUACUUCGUCGUCAAGGGAUCUUCCUUUUUGCCCCUCUAAUCUACAUCUCCGGUAUGCUUCUUUAUAUGGGCACUGUCUCUUUUGAUGUCGUUCCAGUCAUCAAUCAUCGCCCUGCUCCUGGCUCUGUUUAUCGAAGUCCCCAACUCCUCGCCAAGCUUCGCUCCGAGAUGGAUGCUGACAACACUUCCACUGAUGCGAUAUCAACGAUAUGGAAACACUCCUAUAAGGGUGGUCAGUGGAAACCAUGUAUCAACAAUUCCUCAGGAGGCCUACCUGAGUCAAAUGGAUAUAUUUAUGUUGAGGCAAAUGGCGGUUUAAAUCAGCAGAGAACAUCGAUAUGCAAUGCAGUUGCUGUGGCUGGCUAUCUUAAUGCAACGCUUGUAAUUCCUAAUUUUCAUUUCCACAGCAUUUGGAGAGAUCCUAGCAAGUUCAGCGAAAUAUAUGAUGAGGAAUAUUUUAUCAAGACCUUAGAGAAUGAUGUACGCAUUGUUAACAAGAUUCCGGAAUACAUAAUGGAACGCUUUGACCACAACAUGACUAAUGUCUACAACUUCAGAAUAAAGGCAUGGUCGUCCAUUCAAUAUUACAAGGACAUGGUGCUUCCGAGACUACUUGAAGAACUGGUUAUAAGAAUUUCACCUUUUGCAAAUCGGUUGUCGUUUGAUGCUCCUCCUGCUGUUCAACGGCUUCGAUGUUUAGCAAAUUAUAAAGCGCUAAGGUUCGCUAAUCCCAUUUUAUCCUUGGGAGAGAUUUUGGUUGCGAGGAUGAGAGAACGCAGUGCCAGUAACGGUGGCAAGUAUAUUUCUGUACAUCUUCGCUUUGAGGAGGAUAUGGUUGCGUUCUCGUGUUGUAUUUUCGAUGGUGGACAUAAAGAGUUGGAAGACAUGAAAGCAGCGAGAGAAAAAGGAUGGAAAGGGAAAUUCACAAAACCGGGCAGAGUCAUACGUCCUGGUGCCAUAAGGAUUAACGGAAAAUGUCCGAUGACUCCAUUAGAGGUUGGGUUGAUGCUCAGGGGAAUGGGAUUUGACAAUAGCACAUUUAUUUAUUUGGCAUCGGGAAAGAUAUACGACGCGGAGAGAAAUAUGGCUCCGCUUUUGGAGAUGUUUCCGAAUCUGCUUACGAAGGAAAUGCUGGCAUCACCUGAAGAACUUUCCCCAUUCAAGAACUUCUCUUCGAGGAUGGCUGCUAUAGACUAUACGGUUUGUCUCCACAGCGAGGUGUUCGUGACGACACAGGGAGGCAACUUCCCUCAUUUUCUGAUGGGUCAUAGAAGAUAUUUGUACGGCGGACACUCCAAAACUAUCAGGCCGGACAAACGCAAGUUGGCAUUGCUUUUUGAUAACCCUGCCAUUGGGUGGAAAAAUUUCAAGAGACAAAUGUUGAGCAUGAGGAGUCAUAGUGAUUCCAAGGGAUUUGAUCUCAAAAGGCCGAACGACUCGAUAUACACCUUCCCUUGUCCAGAUUGCAUGUGUUUUACAAACAAAUCAAACGAUACGAAAUCAUCGUUAGCCUCGUGAUUGGUUGAGAGUGGAAAUGUAUUGUUGUUGUUGCUGCUAACCCAACAUUUUCUUUUGUGAUUCUUUCAUUUUUUUUCACCUUCUGACACAGCAAGAAAUGGGUUGAUGAGAGCAUAUUGGGUCUUGACUGAGGCAUUUGGAAGUGAAGCUGCUGCUGUAUCUAACCAUAGUGUUUUUGGUUUUGUGGUCUCUUUGUUUUUGAGAUGUUCUUUGUGAUAGGAUGUUAGAUAGACUUCAGAUUUAUACUGUAAAAGUGAGUGUAGUUUUCUUAGAUCAUCCAAUUUUCAGUCAAUAUUUUACUUUUCAACAACUGGUCUUUCAACCCUUAUUUGCUAUUAAUUGUACUAUACUUCCUCUUGGGAA